UAUAAAUGUCUUCGCGAUUUGGCAACACUUGUUUUGUAAUUGCAUUCGAAAGUAAAAAUAAAUUGUCUCGUAAUUUUUCUUGUUUUUUAGCCUUAAAUUAUUAAGAAUAUCUACAUAUAGAAAUAAUAACAAUGUCAUCGGGUUCCAAAGCUGCACCUUCAACAAGUGCCGGGACUUCGUCAAAUGCCAACGCGCCAGCAUCAUCUGCAGCAAGUGCUCCAGCCAAUGUGCAAGAAUUCAAUAUACGUGUACCAAAAAAUUUACGUAAAAGACAUCAUGUCAUGCGUUUCAAUGCUACACUCAAUGUGGAUUUCGCUCAAUGGCGUAAUGUGAAAUUGGAGCGAGAAAAUAAUAUGAAAGAGUUUAGGGGGGCCGAAGAAGAUAUGCCCAAAUUUGGAGCUGGUUCAGAAUACAAUCGUGAUUUGCGCGAGGAAGUGCGUCGCAAAAAGUUCGGUAUAAUAGCUAAGAAAUAUAGACCGGAAGCGCAACCUUGGAUCUUGAAGGUUGGUGGAAAAAGUGGGAAAAAGUUUAAAGGUAUACGAGAAGGUGGGGUUAGCGAAAAUGCUGCAUUUUACGUAUUCACUCAUGCGCCAGAUGGUGCCAUUGAGGCAUAUCCCUUAAAUGAGUGGUAUAAUUUCCAACCCAUACAACGUUACAAGUCCCUAUCGGCCGAGGAAGCUGAACAGGAAUUCGGCCGUCGCAAAAAGGUGAUGAACUAUUUUUCACUUAUGUUGCGCAAACGUCUAAAGGGUGAUGAGGAGGAGGAAAAAGACCCCGAAGAGGUCAAAGUUAAGGGUGCUGGUAAAAAGCCAAAGGAACUCAAAAUUAGUGAAAUGGAUGAAUGGAUUGAUUCAGAUGAAGACUCCGAUUCGGAAAGUGAGGGGGAGGAGAAAAAGAAAAAAGAGGAAGACAGCGACGACGAGGGCAAAAAGAAGGGUAAGAAAGGCAAGGGACCAGAAAAAAAGAAAAAGAAACGCGAUGUAGACGAUGAGGCUUUCGAGGAGUCGGAUGAUGGUGAUGAAGAGGGUCGUGAAAUGGACUACGAUACUGAAUCUAGUGAAGAUGAGCCGGAUCCGGAGGCCAAAUUAGACAAGGACAUGAAAUCAGUGGCUGAAGAAGAUGCUUUGCGUAAACUAUUAACAUCAGAUGAAGACGAUGAUGAAGAAAAUAAAUCAGAUGAGUCCGAUAAGGAUGAUGAAGAAAAGAAAAGGAAAGAAAAAGCAAAGGAUGAAAGCAAAGAUAAAAAGAAAUCUAAAACUAAAGCCAAAGAUGAAAAGAAAGAUUCCUCAAGUGACUUUAGUUCUGAUAGCAGUGAUUCUGAAGAUGACAACAAAUCCAAGAAGAAAGACAACUCCAAACCCACGAGCAAUCAUAAUUCUCGUUCUGCCACUCCUACAUUUAACAAUGAUGCUAAUAAACGCAAAAUGAACAGUAUGCCAAGCGAUCUUACCGCUUCGGAGAAUAGUAAUAGUCCUGUUAGUACUCCAGCAAAAAGACCUAAAUCUGAAAUGUCUACACCAUCAUUGCCAUCUACAUUUUCGGGCGUUGUUUCUUCCAAUAGCAAAGAUGAUUAUGGCAUCACCGAAGAAGCUGUACGUCGUUAUCUCAUGCGUAAACCUAUGACGGCUACAGAACUAUUAACAAAGUUCAAAAAUAAGAAAACCGGUGUAUCCAGUGAUCGUUUGGUCGAGACUAUGACGCAAAUAUUAAAGAAAAUCAAUCCUGUUAAACAGACAAUUCAGGGCAAAAUGUAUUUAAGCAUUAAGGUUAACAAGUAAUUUGUAUAUUGAAUAUUUAUUGGCAAUUGAACACAACACAACAAAUCAAAUACAUACAUGCAUACACAUAUUAUUUACAUAAGAUUUUAGGCAAAACUAAUUAUUUUAAUUAGAAUUUGUAAAAAUAAAUAAAAACAAUAAUCAAGUUACUUACA